AAUUUUUUAUUUGCGCAUGUUUCACCAAAUCGGUAUUUUCAACUAUGUGAAUUACUGAUUGAAUUAUUAUUAUUAUAUUAUUAUUAUUAAUAUUAUAGGAACUAAUUUAAUCAAUCUGUUCCACGUUCCACUUGAAUUACAAGUGUCUGAUUGCUAAACAUCUCACAUCACACACAUUUUCCGCCGAAAUGCCAACAUAAAUUACGUUGUGUCAGUAAAGCUGUUGGAAGCAUUGAUAAUUUGAUAAUAAAUGUGAGAGAGGUCGUCGUUGCCUCUGCGUUAUCGCUAUUCUCAUUCUGUUUGUCAAACUAACAGAAAAUCAAGAUUCCAGUUACAGUACUCAAUAUAAGUAGUAUUGUCAAAAGUAUUUAAUAUUUAACUAAAAAUUCCACAAAGUUAGUGAAUAUUUUAAAUAAUUCAAGUUUACCAUUGAUAAUAUAUAAAAAUACAAAGUGAUAACACCUUAUCAACAGGCCUGACUGUACUUCUGUGCAAAUAAAUAGCAAGUUUGUCUGAAAAAAAGUAAAUAAACUAUAAAUUCCUCACAAUUUUAUUUAUUUAAUCGUAUGACACGUCGUAAAUUGCGUAACAGAACAAUAAUCGUAGAAGAACAGUGCCUAUCAACUAAUAACUACUAGAAAUCCAAAAUGGACGUCAAUGGAAUUGUUAAGUUGGAUUUUUUCAUCAAUGCUGAUUCUGACGAGAAUAUUUUUCAAGGUGCUCAAGAAGUUUUGAGUGUAAUUCGACCACAAUGGCAGACAAUCGAUAUAAUGUACAAAAUGUUAUCGGAUGGUAUUACUAAUAAACUCGUCCGAUGUAAAGUUAAAGAUGGCGCUGAUCACGAGGCAGUGUUAAUCAGAAUUUAUGGUAAUAAUACAGAUAUGUUGAUUGAUAGAAUGGCGGAAAAAAGGAAUAUUAAAAUGUUGAACCAAUUUGACAUGGCACCAACGUUAUACGCUACUUUUAAAAACGGCCUCGCUUAUGAAUUUGUUCCUGGAUGCACGUUGAUGUCGAAAACAGUGAGCCAACCGGAAGUAUACCCUCUAGUGGCUCGGCAGUUGGCCAAACUGCAUAAACUUAAAGUCAACGGGAAAGAUUCUGCAAGUUUAGAACCUGUUUUAUGGACCAGAUUUGACAAAUUUAUGAAAUUAAUGCCUGAUCAGUUUACUAAUGAACAUAUCAACAAAAAAUUUUUAAACAUGAAGCUAUCGAAAUCACAAAUUCUUGACGAAAUCGACACUUUAAAAUCGCAUCUGGUUCAUCUUAACAGCCCAACUGUUUUCUGUCACAAUGAUUUACUCCUGGGUAAUGUGAUUUUUACCAAAAUGGCGAAUAACAACGAUGAUAAAGUGACUUUUAUCGAUUUUGAGUAUGCUGACUUUAAUUAUCAAGCUUUUGAUAUUGGUAACCAUUUCGCUGAGUUUGCGGGUGUUGAUAAUGUCGAUUAUGAUUUUUAUCCCAGCAAAGAGUUGCAAUAUUCAUGGUUGCGAGUGUACGCUGAAGAAUUCAAUUCUCCAGAUGGGGCUGAGGUAAGCGACGCCAUGUUGGACACGCUCUACGUGCAAGCCAAUCAAUUUGCGCUGGCAAGUCAUCUAACGUGGGGAAUAUGGGCGUUAAUUCAAGCUGAACACUCAGAUAUUGACUUUGAUUUUAUUGGAUAUUCAUCAAUUCGUUUAACUGAAUAUUUUCGUCGAAAAGAUGCGUUUUUAUCGUUGGAGUUACCGAACGAAAGUUGAGUAUUUUUAUUGCGCAUUUUAAUCCUUCAUAAGUAAUGAUUUUGUACUACUUGUAACUUAAAUAUGUGAUAUUUAGUAACAGGAGAAUUGUAUCAGUCUAAAAGUACUGGUACGAGUGACAAUUGUUAAUACUAAAUGGCCAAAAACAAUUUAACUACAAAUUGUGAUAAUAUCAAAAGUGGAGCUCAUGAAAUUACUGAUUUUUAUAGUUUUAAACAAAUUAUUCGUUUGGUUUUAGUGGUGACGCGGCAAAUUUAACAAGAUUUAAAGUUUGUUAUUGUUUUAUCACUUCUAAUGUUUGUUGUUACAACUUUAAUAAAUAAUUUACUAGAUUAUGUAAAAUAA